AUGUGGUUACGGUCUUUCGAUUGGCUGAUUUGUGAUUUUUUUUUAUUUUAGGGGGUGGGCAUGUAACGUAUUUUGAAGUUCGAACGUUUGUGUAGUCGGUUUGUCUAUGAACCGGGUGAAGGAAUUGUAAUUUUUAAAUAAAAAUGUAUAUACACAGUUGACUGGAGUUUUACCUUUUAAAUUCUUUGAUUUCUUUUAAACUGUGUAUUACAACGCUUUGAAUUUUUAAGUAAGCAGUUACUGUGUUAUAAUCAGUUUAAAGUCAGAGUGUAGAAAUGGCCUCUUUCGCAAUUCACGAAGAUCAAGAAAAUAAUGUAAAUCCUAAGGAAAAGCGUGCUCCUUUACACAAAAGAUCAGUUUUGGGAGUGCUGAAUGUUAAUAAAGUGUAUCAGAAUCUAAGCGAAAAAGAACCGCAGCUGAAGCAGGAGCCGGCCGGGAACAGCCAUGCGACGAAGCCGGAGCCGGGGCGGCCGAAGCAGAAGGGGGUGGCGGCCGCGGCGGUCACGCGGGGGGCGGACAAGCCCUCGUUCACGAUCUACGAGGAGCCGGCGGCGGCGGACGACGCCCGGUCCGGCGGCAAGGAGAACGAGCUGCCGGACGACGUCAUCUCGCUGCACAAGCCCCGGGGCCACGCCCCGUCGCCCAUGGCGCUGGACCGGUCCCGGGAGGAGUCCCCCAUGCUGGUGGACUGCUGCCGCGUCCGGCCCCAGCCGGAGCCCCGCAGCUUCCAGCUGCACCUGCUCGAGGUCUCGGAGUACAAGGAGGACGUGCACGCCUUCAUGAGGCAGGCCGAGAAGCGGCACCGGCCCAAGCCCGGCUACAUGCGCAAGCAGCCCGACAUCACGUACUCGAUGCGGGCCAUCCUGGUCGACUGGCUGGUCGAGGUGGCGGAGGAGUACCGGCUGCAGGCGGAGACGCUCCACCUGGCAGUGUCGUACGUCGACCGCUUCCUCAGCUACAUGUCGGUGAUGCGCGCCAAGCUGCAGCUGGUGGGCACCGCCGCCAUGUUCGUGGCCGCGAAAUACGAGGAGAUCUACCCCCCGGACGUGAACGAGUUUGUGUACAUAACGGACGACACGUACACCAAGAGCCAGGUGCUGCGCAUGGAGCACCUGAUCCUGAAGGUGCUGGCCUUCGACAUGUCCGUCCCCACCACGUACGCCUUCCUCACCAUCUACUGCUCCUUCGUGGAGCUGCCGGAGACCGUCGUCAACCUGGCGCUGUACCUGUGCGAGCUGUCGCUGCUGGAGGCGGACCCCUACCUGGAGUACCUGCCUUCGGAGAAGGCGGCGGCGGCCGUCGCGGUGGCCCGCCACCAGCAGGGGCUGGAGGCAUGGAGCGCCGAGCUCGAGCGGGUGACCGGCUACAGCCUGCAGCAGCUGCGGCGGUGCAUCGCCAGCCUCGGCAAGACGCACGCCGGCGCGGGCGCGCUGCCCCAGCAGGCCGUGCAGGACAAGUACAAGGCCCAGAAGUGGCAGUGCGUGUCUCUUCUGAAGCCACGGACGCCCGCGCUCCUGCAGUGAGGUCUCUCGCGCAGCUACUUCCACCGCCGUCGCGGCAACUCCAUGAACUGAUUGUCGUCGCUCGUCCACCUGACUUGUGCUGAUUUUUUUUUUUUUUCCAUCCACCAAGGACAUGUUGUUUUUAUAUUGCUUUUUUUAUAUCGUUUAUUUUUUCCCCCUGAUGGUUUACCAGCUUGCUCCUGUCUCGUCUGCACUGAUCAGUAGUAUUUAUUUUAAAUCAUGGUUACCUGACACCUGCAAUUUCAUUGUUGCAGCAUGCGUCCCCCUUGCAGUGAGAUUUUUAUAUGUCUAUUUUUUUUUUCUGCGUUGUUUUAAAAAAGAAUUUGUAAGUUUGUUUGUGUUUUGCAUGAUCAUGCACGGAGUUCUCGGUUUUGAAAUUUUGUGUCUCAUAUUACCGAGCUAACUUUGAAUUGUGAAACAUAUUUUUUCGACUUGUCGUUGUGUUUGGAAUGUUGCUCGCAUUCCUCUUUAAAAAAUUAUAUAUGUAUAUUUUUUUGUGAAAUAAUGACUUACAGAUGUUUCGAUAAGUCCUGUAAGUUGCUGGUGUUGUAAAUUUUAAGUGAAGUGUCAUGGGGCCUUAACAGACACUGUAACAUUGAACAUUGUAAAAAAUCAUGUGCAGUCAUUUACUUUUUGGUAUUUGAUGCUAGUGAUUGAUAGGAAGUAAGUAUUUUUAGUGAGUAAUUUUGUAUCACGAAACUGUUUAAUAUUUAAAUUAAUUUUAGUUGUACAAUGAACCAUAAUGGUUGAUAAUAUAAAAUGUUUUAAUAUUUGUUUAGUUCACCAGUUGGUCUGAAAAUUCUAAAAUGUGCGAUGUUCAUGAUUUCUGCCUUUUCAAACUUGGCUGUAAUUAGUUCAUUAACUAUGCUACAUUUUAAUAUUUGUUGUGCCAUGUACGAACACAGUUCAAUCUUGGGUAUGUAUUUUAAUUGCAUUUUGUGAUUUUUUAAAAAUUUUUGUAAAUAUUUUUUUUUGUUUAAUUUCUACUAUUUUAGUUUUGUAUAAAGAAUGUUUAUGUGAAUACUGUCAGUAUGUAACGAAAUAAACCAAUUUGUUUGAUAA